UGGAUUAAAGAUCCAAAUAUGAUGAAUGUAUCCAACUCUAUCACUACUAAAAAUAAAGAAGCAAACGAUCUAAAAUAUUAUGAACCCACUAUUGAUGCCCCACAUAUGUUGGGAAAUGCUUUAAAUCCAAAUUCUACCAUGGCUCAACAAAUGACUGAUACAUUGAAUGAAGAAAUUAAAACACAUAAGCAGUUCAAUGAAAAUAAUAUACCUACAAAUCGACCACCAUUGUUAAUGGGUCCCCAGUUAUAUCGUCAUGUUCAGAAGCCUCCUACUGAUGUUCCUCAGUCAAAUGCUUCUGGUCCUGAAUGGUUUACUAAUGGGAUUGGAAAUAGUUCUCAAAGUUUAGAAGAUUUACUUGAACGGCAAUGGGAACAAGGAGGUUCGUUGUUAAUGGAACAAGCACAACAUUUUGAUGUAGCAUCAUUACUAUCAUGUUUGUAUCAGCUGAAAAAUGAAAACAUUGACUUAGAAAAAGAAUUAGCUACAUUUACUCGACGUCGAGACCAUUUAUUAGCUGUAAAUGCUAGACUAGCUAUUCCAUUGGUCCCACAAAAUAUGAUGAAUCAAGUUGCACAAGCCCCUCCUAAUCAUGUUGAAGCAUCAUUACCCCCCAGAUCUAAUUAUUUGCCGUCCAUGGAUAAUCAGAUUCUUCAGCAACAUAGGUAUCAUCAAAAUUAUGCUAUACCUUCUUCUAGACAUCCACAACAACACCAACGCUAUUCGCCUAAUCUUGCAGCUCAAUCACAAGUUAUUGUGAGAGGAGGUAUAGGCCAUGAAACAUGGAACCAACAUAAUAGAAAUCUUAACCAAACAUCAAAUCCAAUGUAUCAAACAAUACAAGAAACACCAAACGUACCAACAUCCAGACACCAAAUGGGAAUGGACAAUCUACCUAAACAAAGCUGAGACCCUGUUGAAUGUCUAUGUACAGAAUGUAUAUCGACUAUAACCGAUUAUCUGUUUAAGUAUUUUCCCUAGUCUUAAGUUGGAAUAAAUAUUUUUAAAUUUUACUACUCAAAUAAUUGUGUUCAUUGAUUUAAUUAAUUACUGUUAAA